AUGGACGUCGGCACCAGCGUGUGGGUCAAGACCAAGGACGCCGCCGUGUGGGCCGCGGGCGAGGUCGUGGACUACCAGGACGCCGGCGGCAUCGUGCGCGUGCGCCGCCUUGACACGGACGACGUCGUUGUGCGACGCUACCCGGGCUUCGACGACGAGCUGUGUCUGCGUAACCUGUCGGCGGACUUCCCGGCCAUGUCGAGCCUUACGAGCCUCGAGCACCUGCACGAGGCGGCGCUGCUGCAGGCGCUGAGCGAGCGGUUCGCGCACGACCAGAUCUACACGUCCAUCGGGGACAUUUUGGUGGCGUUGAACCCGUUAAAACCCUUGCCGGACCUCUAUUCGGAGAGUCACUUAAACGCCUACAAGCAGGUUAUGACAGUGCUAACCGGCAACAGCAACUGCAACAGCAACAGCAACAGCAACUCGGUUAGAGACAAGGAGUUGCCGCCCCACAUCUUUGCCAUCGGAGGCAAAGCCUUCGGCGGCCUAUUGAAGCCCGAGCGACGCAACCAGAGCAUCCUCGUGAGUGGAGAGAGCGGCAGUGGCAAGACGGAGAGCACCAAGUUCCUCAUGCAGUUUCUAACCAGCGUGGGCAGCGAUCAGUCUCUAACCGAGAGGGAAACCAGCGGCGCAGUGGAAAUCGGCAGAAGAAUCUUGCAGACCAACCCCAUCCUCGAGUCGUUCGGCAACGCGCAGACCAUCAGGAACGACAACUCGAGUCGGUUCGGCAAAUUUAUCAAAAUCCAGUUCGGAGACAACAACCAGAUCGUCGGCGCGCAAAUUGUGAGCUACUUGUUGGAAAAGGUGCGCUUGCUGCACCAAAGCCCGGAGGAGCGCAGCUUCCACAUUUUCUAUGAGCUGCUCGAAGGAGCGGACAGGACGCUGUUAGCGACUUUGGGUCUGGAAAAGGGCGGCAACUACGAGUUGCUCAAUUCGUACGGACCCAGUUUUGCAAAAAGGAGGAAAAUUGCCGACAAGUACGCGCAGCUUUAUGUGGAGACUGUGCGCGCGUUCGAGGGCACUGGUGUCGGCGAGCAGGAACGACUGGAGAUUUUCAAGAUUUUGGCGGCGCUGUUGCAUCUGGGAAAUGUGAAUUUUAAGGACGCCGGAGGACAGGAUGACGCCACGGCCGUCACGGACGAGUCGCGGUUUCAUUUGGACAAGUGCGCAGAGCUCAUGGGCGUAAAUGUGGACAAACUGGAGACGUUGUUGAGCAGUCGAGAGAUUAAGGCGGGUAUGGAGAUUAUGGUGCUCAAGCUGAGUCCGGAGCAGGCCAAGGAGAUCUGCCGGUCGCUGGCGAAAGCCAUUUACGGGCGCUUGUUCACGUGGCUGGUUCGUCGUCUGAGUGACGAGAUUAAUUAUUACGACUCGGCGGUGUCGAUCUCGGACGAGGACGAGGAGCUAGCUUCGAUCGGUAUUCUGGAUAUCUUCGGCUUCGAGAGCUUGAACCGCAAUGGAUUCGAGCAGCUUUGUAUCAACUACGCCAACGAACGACUUCAGGCCCAGUUUAACGAGUUCGUCUUUGUUCGUGAGCAGCAAGUUUACAUUGCAGAAUGUAUCGACUGGAGGAAUAUUUCGUAUCCCAGUAAUGCCGCGUGUUUGGCUCUGUUUGACGACAAGAGCAACGGUCUCUUCUCGCUGUUGGAUCAGGAGUGUCUGAUGCCGAAGGGCUCAAACCAGGCGCUGAGCACCAAGUUCUAUCGGUAUCACGGUGGAGACGGCUCUGCAGACUCGGCGGGUCUCUUACAGCAACCACAGCUGGCGCAGAGCACUCUUCCUCUGCUCAUGUCGUCCUUCAGCCGGUACUUGCACCGAACCGAGUCGCAAGAGGAGCCUGCUCACCAGGACACAAGAAAGCAUCCUUUCUCAGCGUCCAAGAUGGAGCGCGUGAAGCAUCAGUUCGUGGUCCACCACUUCGCUGGGCGCGUGUGCUACAACGUUGAGCAGUUCGUCGAAAAGAACACGGACGCGCUCCCUGCUGACGCUAGCAGCAUCUUGUCCUCUUCAGAUAAUGAAGUGGUGGUGGCGAUCGGAUCUAAUGAGAACGUGGACUCGGGAGCUGAGAACGGAGCGGCCGGACGGAGACGCUACUCUAUGCUACGACAACCAAGCGUGUCGGCGCAGUUCAAGAGCCAGCUAGACCGGUUAAUCGUUCAGAUUGGACGCACCGAGGCCCAUUACGUUCGAUGUCUAAAACCCAACGAGGUCAAGAAGCCCGGUAUUUUUGACCGUGAAAGGAUGGUGGAGCAGAUGCGCUCCGUCGGCGUCCUCGAGGCUGUUCGCAUCGCACGACACGGUUACUCAGUGCGUUUAGCACACGCCAGUUUCAUCGAGUUGUUCUCGGGCUUCAAGUGUUUCCUGAGUACGCGCGAUCGAGUUGCGAAGAUGAACAAUCACGACUUGGCUCAAGCGCUUGUAACCGUAUUGAUGGACAAGGUGCUACUGGAGGACGGCGUUGAACGUGAAGAGAGGAACCCAGGAGUUUUGACUGCAGUCACUGGUGACGGCACCGGAACGGCUUUCGAGAAUGAUAUCAGACGCAAGGACGUUCAGGUGGGCAAGACACUCGUGUUUUGCAAGUCUACCACCUACAACCGCUUCUCUCGAUACCGUCUCGACUUGCGGAACCAUUGCGCGACUGUGUUGCAGAAGCACUAUCGCGGAUAUCGCCGUCGUGUCUUGUUCCAGGAGCUGCGCAGCUUCGUGGUGCACGUCCAGGCGAUUGUCCGAGGGUUCCUGGGAAGGAGACGGGUGGAUAAGUUGCGCCAAUUGCGUCGUGAAAAUGCUGCUACUCGUAUCCAGGCGUUCUGGAGGCGCUGCGUUGCACAGCGCAAGUUCGCUGAGAUGAUUAGGCAUAAGCGACAGAUCGCUGCGGCUACCCGGAUCCAGGCGAACUUCCGGCGCUUGAAGGCUCAGCGCAUUCUUUCGGCAAUGCUCCUGGAUAAGCGACAACUCGCUGCUGCGAUUUGUGUUCAGUCAAAUUGGAGGCGUUGGCUGGCGCAGCGCGAGCUCGCGGAACUUCGCAACGAAAAGAUCAAGCAAGCGGCUGCUGUUCGUAUUCAGUCGCAGUGGAGGCGGUGGUUGGCUCAGCGCGAGCUCGCGGAGCUGCGCAAUCAAAAGCGUCAGGGAGCUGCCGCUGUUCGCAUUCAAGCUCAAUGGAGGCGGUGGCUUGCACAGCAGCAGCUUGCAAUACUGCGCUUGCAAAAGCUUCAAGUUGCCUCCGCUGUGCGUAUCCAAGCGCACUGCAGGCGUUUGCUGGCGCAGCUCAAGCGUGAGAGGUUGCUCCGGCAUAAGCUCGAGGUGUCUACAGCGAUCCGAAUCCAGACGCAGUGCAGGCGUUGGCUGGCCCAACGCAAGCGCAAGCAAUUGGAGCAGGAAAAGCGUGAGUUGGAGGCAGUGGUCAUCAUCCAGAGGCAGAGCAGAAUCUGGCUCGGGCAAAACAACCUCGUGACUGAAAAGCUGCGACGUUUUCGCUUGAACAUGGCGUUCAAGAGGCUCCGUCACGCGUGUCAGGCUUCGCAGGCUGCGCGCGAAAUGGAGGCCGAACCAUCCCCAAGUGACGAUUCCAGUGCAAGUCGAGCGAAGCGACGUAUGACCCGGUCGGUUGGGCUUCCGAUCAAUCUGUCCAGCUCGGAGCAGGAAGACAGCUCUACCGGUGACGACAGGAUGGAGCCCCGACUUCGUAUCUCGGCUCCUACCCACCGCCGCACGAACAGCAGACAGCGCAGUCGCGCGAGCAGUAGGCACCGCAGCCGUGCAGGCAGCAGCCACGUCGAUGACCGCAACUCACUCCUGGAGAACGAGAUCUUGCGGCUGCAGCAGAUGCUGGUGGACCAGCAGAACGGUCGCGAGGCGCGUCCUCUGCGGGAUCAGCGGCGUCGGUCGUCAACGUUCGCUCGGCCGCCUCGCAGUGCUCCGCUCGAACUGAAUCGUGUCACCGCGUCGCGUACAGGCCGUCGCCGGUAUUCCGUGGACGGCGCGUUAUCUGACGAUGAGGACGGCGAGAUCGACGACGAGGUGUCGCUGCUGCCGCCACGUCGCGCGCGUAGUGUCAUGCCCGGCCAGCAGCUCGAUCACGUGUCCAUGUUGUCCCAGAAGAUCGAGGAGCUGGACGCCAAGUGCAAGUUCCUGGAACAGCUCGUGGCUCGCAAGAACUACGAGGAUGCCGCGAGAGAGUCCGUCAUGUUCGGCCGAGGGUCGCAGGGCGGCAGGGAGCGUUUCCCCUCGGGCGAUGGGUCAUUGUACGGCGACGGCGCUCCCAGCGAGGCGGGCUCGGACGUGGACUCGAUCAUCUUCAACAUCCAGAGCCAGAUGAACAUGCUGCGCCAGUCGAUCGCCGUCAAGGAGCAGGCGCUGCAGACGUCGCGCAAGUCCCACGCCAUGUCCUUCUCGUCCAGCACUCGGCCGACGCGCUCCUCGUCCGCAGCCUCGACCACGUCGUUCUCGAACCUGCCCAUGGGGGAGGCCCCACCGAGCCUGCCGUCGCUGUCGUUGUCUGAGUCGCAGCUGUCAGCCGGUGGAUCGUCUCAUGGCAACAGUCGACGCAGUGGCGGCAGCUCGCUCGGACUCCCGCCGACGCCGACGUCGUCCGUGGCGCCGUCGUUCUACCAGGGACCACCGCGCUCGUCCCCCGCGCACUUCGGCGGUCGAGGCAUGCCCCGCAUCGUCAAGUGGGCGCGCUCCACCAACUGCUACGAGUGCGAGGAGCCCUUCAAUCUGUUCGUGCGGCGCCACCACUGCCGCAUGUGCGGCAACUCGUUCUGUCACGAGCACUCGAGUCGGCGCGUGUCCGUCUUCGGAAUCGGCUUCGACGACGAGCCCGUGCGCGUGUGCGACAACUGCUUCGCCGAGUACUACGCGGCCUCGCAGGAGCCGCUUACGCCCCAGUACCCAGCUCCGCAGUUCGGCUUCAGCUCCGGCCCGCUGUCCACUUCAUCACGGCUCAGCGGCUUGAACCUGUAG